CAUUACACAUAUUAUACAUCAUUUUAUGUGUUGGCUUCAUCAGAAAGAGAUGACCAGUAAAAGCAGCAUCAUUGAGCUGAUGGAUCUGGACAAAGGAGAGAGUUACUGUUUUAACAUUCAGGCGUACCUACCCUUCCGCGCUCCGCAAGACAAACAACUCGGGGAGCUCAGCAACAUCCAGUGCUCUCCAGAAGAAGAAACAUCUUUCUUUAAAGAGUACGGCAUGGGUGUCAUCGUUGGAGCCAUUCUUACCAUCAUUUUUGUAAUAAUAGCAAUCAUUAUUGUCAUCGCGAUACGCUGCAAGUGAAGAAAGCAAGCGAAAAACACAGGAAAAGAGGGAUUACCAUUGAACGGUUCCUGUGAAACCUCAAAAUGUAGAUAUGUUAGACAUAUUUUAGCAAGACAAGACCUUUGUACUGUCAGGUGGUGGGUUCUUUAGUCGGACACUGAAUUGUACUGUAUAGACGUUUUUAUAAGCACUACCUAAUUUUAUCUACUUGCUAACAAAUGGAAAUACUGUAUGAUUUAAGAUAGGGUUUGUUGUGCACACUUGGGAGGAUCAAACUUAACAAUUAGUUCUACUGAAAUUUCAUUUUUGGGUGAACUAACCCUUUAAAAGGUUACUAUUAAAAGGAUAUACUUAGUCCUUUUG